AUGUCCGGUUUGUGGCGAAUCUCUUCGAUGCUUGCUGCCUGUCGACUGAGUACGUCACUUGCAUAUGUUCCAUCCCUUAUGGUCCGCAAACUACACCUUCCACCGUCUAUUCCACAGAAGAUUAUGCAUCAACACAGAUAUGAGCCGUACGUCACUCCACCACAUCAUAGCAGUCCCGAACAUGAAAAGUUGCUGAAAGAGGAACUUGUCGACUUUCCCCCCUACCGCAACCGCAAAAUUCGACAUGGUUUUCAAGAUGCUCGAAUGGUUCGCGACUAUAAGCGUCGAAUAAUAGCUGCUUACUUUUCACCUCUCCGCAUUCGACUCAACGCUAUUCGAAAGAACCCUCUCCUUCCUAAGGACUUGCGUGAUACCGCUUCUUUGCAGUUGCACUCUUUGCCACGAGAUAGCUGCUGGACGCGCAUAAUGACUCGUUGUGUGGUGACCUCACGUCGUCGUGGCUGCAAGACUCGUUGGCGUGUCUCACGCAUCAUCUUUCGCAACUAUGCUGAUUAUAAUCGGAUGUCGGGGGCCCAAUGGGCUGUAUGGAUUCAUCAGACACAGUGUACUCGGCGUCAUAUGCUUUGGCCACCGCCAGCGAAUGUGAAGACAGUAAAAGACUAUGUGAAAAGGUAUUACGAGAACAUUGCAGAUUAG